AGAGUGAUCAGACCCGUCGGUUCAGUCUAGCAAUCAAUUGGGUUCGUUCUGUCGUCUGUUGUAGGUUAUCAAUUAUUAGAGUCAAGCAUGAGGAUGCAAUGACUCUUUAUUUGCAUCAUUGCACACGUAAUUUUUUCCUGUCUGCGAUUACCGGUGUCACUGACGAGGGUUCCUGACACGGUAAGAAAGAAGACCGAACGAAUGAGGUCCAACGUGUGCUCGUUUGCACGUCACGUCAUAAAGCGUAAUUAUCGCACGUUGCUAUUCUUUCCCGUUGGCCGAAGCCUCCGGUACAAUCUAUCGGCGCCCUGCAAGCAAUUCUCGUGGAUUUACACCAACCAGAUCAUGCCACGUUCCGUCGAACAUAUGCUUGGCAUGCAACGGAUGAGACAGAAGAUAAAAGAGAAGUCAGCGAAAUAUAUUGGAAAUACAAAGGUGUCGUUGCAGAUUCUGGGUACUGGAGCUUAUGGCACAUCACGAUGUGUCUAUUUGACAGCAGGUCACACCAGGUACAUUUUCAACUGCGGCGAAGGAACACAGAGAUUGGCAUACGAACAUAAGUACAAGCUAAUCAAAUUGGAGCACGUAUUUAUAACAUCAGCAACUUGGAAUAACUUGGGCGGCAUGCCGGGAAUGCUUCUGACGAUACAGGAUGCUGGAGUGCCAAAGAUCAAUAUACAUUGUCCCAAAGGAACAAUGGAGAUAUUUAAUACAAUCAAGAAGACCGUGCUGCUGCAGGCUCUGAAGAUUAAUGAGGCCAAAUGUAAUGAGUCGGAGCCAUAUAUUGAUUCAGUGAUGUCUGUUUCGUAUGUUUCCAUUAUAAAUCCAAAUGCGCAAGAGACAGAGUCUAUUGAUGUAGAAAAAGAUGUAAUCGAUAUUAAUUAUUAUGAUUAUAAGACCAACACAAAUAGCAAGCGAGUACCUGAUAGAAUAGAGAAAAAGUCUAAAGUCCAGAAGAUCGAUCAGAAGUCUGACAAUAGAAUAUCGUCUGUAAUGUCUUACAUUUGCAAAUUGCACCCUCGAGCGGGUACAUUAUCCUUAGAGAAGUGUUUAGAAAAGGGAGUGAAACCUGGGCCUCUACUCGGUCAGCUCAAAACUGGUGCAGAUAUUACUCUUCCUGACGGCACAGUUGUUUUGAGCAAGGAUGUUUGCUCGCCAGCAACGCCAGGCCCUACUUUUAUAAUUGUAGAGUGUCCAUCAGAAGAUUACUUAGAGAAUUUUGUAAAUCAUCCUGCCUUUGUGCGGCAUCAAACGGGAACGACGAACAAAGAUGAUAUACCAUACUGCGUCAUUCAUUUUACUCCGCAAGAUGUGAUGGAUAAUUCUCGCUAUGUGAACUGGAUGAGCAAAUUUGGUCUUAAUACGCGUCAUAUAGUCGUAAAUGAAGAGAAUCAAUGCAUGGGCACCGAAGCGAUGCACAGACAUCAGCACAAACUCCAUAUGCUGCACUCUGAGAUAUUUCCUUUCUUAAGUGAGGAAAGCUUCCAAGAGAAAACAAGGGUAGAAGAUCUACCCAUUAUACAUCGUCCCAAAACACAUCACACUGUUCAUCUACAACCGAAAUUAAGAUUCGAUACGAAGAAUGAGGUAUCGCUGCACCCAGAGGAAUAUGUAAACGAAGUUUUCGAAAUUGACGGCAUUUUAGAUGCGUUGGCGGAACUCCAAACAGAGAUCAACGCUCGAACGAAGACGUUACAUAUUGGCAAUGAGUACCCGAAGAUUGUCAUGUUGGGCACUGGAUCUAGCAUACCAAGUAAAGUCAGAAACACGAGCGGCAUACUUCUACGAGUGGAUAAAGACCACAGUAUGUUACUAGAUUGCGGAGAGGGAACAUUCGGCCAGAUAGUGAAAAUCUAUGGAAGGUCUGAGGCACAUAAUAUUUUAAAAACGAUAAAAGGAGUGUACAUAUCGCACAUGCACGCGGAUCAUCACAUAGGAUUGAUUGGUUUGCUGAAGGCGAGAAGGAAGGUCACGGAAGAUCCUUUGUAUCUGUUAGCACCUGGGCAUAUCAAUGUGUGGUUGCAUAUGUAUCAUACACGUUUUGAGCCUAUUUUACAUCGAAUGACAUUGAUAAAAAACAACGAGUUCUGUAUGGACUCGCAUAAUCCAGAGUUGUAUAAAUACAGAAACAUAUACAAUACAUUGAACGUGCAAGCCGUGAGGACAGUAUACGUCGAGCAUUGUCCUUAUUCUUAUGGCGUUUCCGUGACACUCCAUAAUGGGAAGAAAAUAGUAUAUAGUGGCGACACUAUGCCCUGUGCGCGUCUCGUGGAACUUGGUCAAAAUUGCGAUCUACUCAUCCAUGAAGCGACAAUGGAGGACGAUCUGAUAGAGGACGCGAGACUGAAGUUUCAUUCGACAGUCUCGCAGGCUAUACAGGCAGGUGAAAAGAUGAAAUCAAAGUUUACACUAUUGACGCACUUUAGUCAACGCUAUUCUGUAAUACCUCAUUUGCCGGAUAACAAAAAUGGUCCUAAACUAGAUAACGUCGGCAUUGCAUACGACAAUAUGCAUAUUAGCUUGUCGCAAUUACCGCUCUUGCCUUUGAUGUACCCAACAUUGAAAAUAAUGUUCAAUAAGUAUUAUCUAGAAAUAGAGGAUCGAGCUGCUCGAAGACAACGAAUAGCAGCUUAAUAAAUAUUUUAUAAUAAUAUAAAUUGUAUUACAGCUUUCGUCUUACCGACACCUGUCAUAGUUCUCCAUUGUUGACUUGAAAAGUAAACAUUUUUAACAGACUUUAAUGAAUGUUGCAUAGCAAUGAAUUUAACUAGUGGCUAAAAGUUUGCUUCUUUAAUUUUAACAUGUAAAAUUAUCACUCAAACUGAUUUGUAAACAAAGAUGGCUUACGUAUCUUACGAUUUUUAUAUAAAUCAAUUGAAAGUUGAAGAAUCAAAGAAUCCUACUAAAAUAGAAAACAACAAACUUGUAUAUAAUCCUGUAUAUAUAUGUAAAUCAGUUUGCGAAAGGAACUACAUUUGUGGUUGAAAUAAUUCGGUAAUAAAGUCUUGACCAAUAAAAAAUUAUCUUAUUGUAUCUUCUAAUUUAUUACAUCAAUUGUUCUUAAUGCGUUUCUAUCAUGAAAAGGUAGUAAAAAGAGAUGAUUGAGAGAGACUUACACAACUAUAUUUAAGAGAAUAAUACGUGUAUCGUCGUCUGUAAAUCGACCCAUACAUCUGAGCAACAUUUUUGUCCAAAAAAGUAAAAUAUUCAACGAAUAUAUUUUCGUCCGCUUUUCGCAUCGUACACACGUUUUGUUCUCGUUUAAAAUUAAGCGACGCGAGGCACACAUAUAGUACCAUGCUAUAAUUACGAUAAUUAACGUAAUAAUAUUGAAGAGGCAAACAUAUUUACAAGAGACUUACGUAUCUUAAUGUCUCUUUUUCUCUCUCUCACACACGCACACACCUCUCCAUUUUUUCCCAAAAUAUUUUUUCUCGAACUGAAGAAUUCUUAAUUUUCCACGUAUUAUAUUCCUAAAUCAUAUUACGAUUCUGUCGAUCUUUUAUUUAUCGUUAUGAAAAGAACGAGGAGACUGAAAUGAAACCUAUCUUAUUGCUAAAACACACGUGACAUCCGUUAAAAUAUCGUUCCCAAUAAACGUAACAAAAAAGAAAAAAGCGAACAGAUUUUCACAAAUCUGUGUGCUGCGAAUCUUUCCAACACCAAGCCUUAAUUCAAGGCAUAUUUCAUUUGCUUAACAUACGCAAUAAGCUAAUACGGUGUAAAGCAGAGUAAUACUGUACUAUUAGUACAGCAAAACUGAGUGUGCAUCUCGUUAAACGAGCUUUUCGUAUAACUUAUAUGAUCGUAACAGAUAUGUCUUAAUAACGAAAUCUGCAAGUUGAUACCGACCUAGGAGGCAGCAAUCGAAUAUUGGUCGAAUUGGAUCUGUGUCUCUCCUUUCAAGCGUGAUUCUUAAUUAUUAUAUAUAUAUAUAUACAUAUAUAUGUAUAUAUACG